AUGGAAAUAACAGUUACUCAAAAUUCAACUACAUUAUCGAUAUUUUCUACGAGUGUUGAGCGACAGAGAAAUUCAAUUUCAUGUGAAUGUAAAAUUUGUGGAGCAUCUGCGCGAUAUUCUUAUUAUGGAGCUAUUGUAUGUCAUUCGUGUAAAAUGUUUUUUAAACGAAAUGCAGAAAAUAAACAGAUUCCAACAUCAAGUUCCUUAGAAUCUGAUCAAUCAAUAUUAAGUCUGAAUCAAUGGAAUCUUAUAGCAAAUUUAGUUCAUUGUUUCGAUCAACAUAGUGGAUAUGUAUUUGUUGAAGAUUUUCUCGAAGAACAAAACCGAUUACCUGUCAAAUUACGAUUCAAAUAUCCAUCAGUUUGCAAUUUUUUUACAUCAAUGAAACGUAAAAUUCAAUUUAUAUUUGAGAGAAAUGUUGAUUUUCUCUCAUUAUCUCAUUAUGAUCGUGCAAUAUUACUUCGAACUACAGUAGAAUAUACGUCAAAUGUUGCCAGUAUGUUCAUAUUAUGUCAGUACAAAUUAUGUGAUUAUCCACUUUUCUAUAAAUCUACUGAAAUGAUAUUUAAAUCAUCUGCAGCAAAAUUCACUAGACGUAUUAUUGAUCAACUUGAUCCAGAUAAUACAUUUAUUAAAUUAAUACUUUCAAUUCUUGCAUUUUCAACAACCAACUAUACUGUAUAUAAAAAAAAUAUGCCAAUUAAUUUAACAAAUAUCAAAGGAAUUUUAUCUAUUCAAGAUAUGUAUACAGAUUUAACAUGGCGAUAUCUUUUAUAUAGAUAUGGUCAUUAUCAAGCUGUAAUACGUUUUUCAAAUCUUCUAAGUUGUCUUUUUUCUGGAAUUGAAGCUAUUGUUGAAGUACAUGAAUUAUAA